CGCGUGCGCGGUGCGGCCAGGGGGGCGAGUGAGCUGAGCAGCUAAAAUGGAAGAUGAGGAAAUCGCUGAUAAUUGGGAGGAAGCAGCCGACAGUGGGGAAAUUGAUCGACGACUAGAAGCAAAACUGAAGAUCCAGCAGAAAGAAAAGAAAUUGAAACAGGCGCCUAAAGUUCCCAUCGUCAUACAAGAUGACUUCCACCCAACGCCCUGCACCCGACAAAUCCGCAUUCUGAAAAGACCGACAAGUAACGGAGUGGUAAGCACACCACACUCUGCUACAAGGCCAGUGCCACAAGUCAAAUCACUGGCUCAGAGAGAAGCUGAAUAUGCAGAGGCACGGAAAAGGAUCCUUGGCAGUGCGAGUCCUGAGGAGGAGGAUAAAGCCAACCCUGACAGGCCAUCCAGGAUCACCCAGUUGGAAGAGAACAGGCAGCAGAGCAGUAUAAUUCGACAACCCCUGGGCCCCGAUGGUACACAAGGCUUCAAACAACGUAGAUAAAACAUGCGCUAGAGAGCGCGCUUUAUAAAACAGAACUCUCCAUGACUGAGCGUGCAGUGUUGGACAGAGAAAACGGACUCAAGCAGAGGACCUGAUCUGCUUUAUUUGCACUGUGAUCCCCCUUUGCUCCGCCCACUGUGACCUUUCUCCUUGCACACUGUGAUCCCUGCUCCGCCCACUGUGGAUGGCACACACUGCUGUGAGCUCUCCAAGGAAACCAUGAAGGGGAGGUUUCUUGCAAUCAGACUGGCCAAGAAUAUAUUGUGUGCCAUUUCUAAUCAGAAAUUUGCUCCAGCAAUAAUACUGUCUAAGAAUGUUCAAUAGUUUAAUUUCAGGAAAGAAUUUGACUAUGUAUUAGUGAUGGGUGCUGUUUCUCUCAUCAUAUUCUAUACAGGAUUGUUUUGGUUUCUUUGCAUCUAAUCUAUUACUGCAAGAUAGUUGCUCAUGGCUAAUUACCUUGCCAAGCAAUAUGUCAAAAAGAUCUAUCAGAAAUGCACCCAUUUUAAAAUUAUUUAUUUUGUGUAGUAUUUAAAAUAUCUUGCAAAACAUUUAUCUAGAGAAACAGGACAAGAACAUGGAGAUCCACCAAAGGGUUGUGGAGAACAGGUUCGGGCUGUUGGGCACAGCAAACCAAGAUGCACUGUGGAACACAUCUGCUGUGUUGGUGUCUUGGUGCACAGCCAAUUCCUGUCAGAUUCUUGUCGCCCCUUCGAUAGUAGGAGAGUAUGUCUGUUGAUUCACAGAAAACUGGUCGCAGAGGGGGGGAGUGAUGAACGAGAGCAGCUCCAAUAAUGGCCAUGAAUGUUAUUAUCUCACACCUGAAAGUGGUUAACUGCAGCAUCUGAAUUCCAGAAUUUAGAUCAAAUCAAAAACUCAUAUGAUGGUGAGAUUAAAAUAUGGCCCAUUGGGGUAGCACUUAAGGUGUUAACUGCAUAACGUUGUAGUCAUGUGAUCUUAUUCCAGCACUGCCUUCUGCUCAUUCACCAGCCAUGCUUUGUGCGUGUUGGUUUUUGAUAUAACCUGCGGGAUAGGUAUAACUUGCAGUAGUAGAAUUUUUUUUCCCGAAGAGGAUGUUUUGGCAAAGGCCAUGCUUUUAGUUAAUGCUGCUCCCGUUAUGGUUCAGUGCAGAGCAGUAAUAUUGUCAGAAACUGGGCAGGUUUUCAGAAGUGUUCUUAUCUGACCGUCUUCCCAGUUUUAUGAAGAAAGAAGGACAGAAAUAAAUGAAUUUUAAAGGGAAACAAAAUAGUUUCAAUCAAAUUAAAUGUUCCUUAGGAAAGUUGGAAGGCUUUGAGGUCAAUUAGUGGAACCUGAGGUUUUGGUAUUCCUCCUUUCUAGUGGUUGUGUGCAUUCUGCACCCUGCUCUGACAAGGUGUUGCAGUUAUGGUCCAUCACUAGUACAUACUCUUAAUGUGUUUUUUUUUCCCAAGGCAUUGCCUUUAUUUUCUACAAUUCAAAGAAAACUUUUUAGAUCCAUCUAAUAUUAAAAGGGCAAGUGAUUUUUGUGUUUUUUUUGUUGUUGAGGCUCGCAUGCGAGCUGAUGCAGCCAUCUGUCCUGUUUGCGCAUGUGCGCACAUGUAUGUAUUUGUGUGUGUACACACUGUGUAUGUCUGCCUGCGAACAAAAAAAACUGCUUUUUGUGGGGGAUGGGAGUGAGAUUAAUUAAUUUUCGUAUAUUUCAACCAGUGCUUGGAAAGAGUUAGCUGUCUCAUUCCUGUACAGCUGGAAGCACAGCAGCCUUGUAUUUAACAGCCAUCAGAUUAUUGGACUGAGGCACCUAGCUCAGCUCAAUUGAUUUGGAGUGAGGUCAGAUAGCCCUCAAAUGCUACUCACAUUUGUGGUUUUAAAAACUGCAAGAUGUCAGGCCCUAGAAUUAUUUUAUAAUGGGUGAUACUGUGUUAAACCUGGUCAUUUGUUAAAUAUCAAGCUAAUGUAUUUUCUUUCCUGUGUAACCUCUUCCCAGGGUUUGGUUUGUAAAUUGUUGAUGUUUCCAUGCAAAUUGGGAUAUCACUCGACUGACUAAUUCUGAUCUCUGGUGUUCAUGAAACUGGCUUGACUGAAAUGAUUGCCUGAGACUCUAUUUUUGUAAGUGAUGAAGUAGCAGACUCCCCACUGAUUCUGUGGAUUAAUGCACUGUAUGAUGUGAUAUACAAACCAAAACGGUCAUAGUUUUAAUCGAGUUUUGGCUCUACAAUGGCCUGAAGAGGGAGGGAACAUUUAAUAAGUGUUCUCCCCUUGGAUUUUCAGUGACUGUUUAAAAAUGCACAAAGGUUGAGUUGUAAUCCUGCUGCUUUUAGUUUCCUGCCAUCAUCUAGUCAGGUAACCGUUACUCAGUGUAUAUCACUUAGUCAAAGUAAGGCUUAUGGAACAAUUUAUAGGAUGAAUAAAUGCAUUCAAAACAAACUGCUUAGGGUAAGUACUGCACAGGGGAUUUUCAUUCCUAUGAAGCAGUGCAAAUAUGUUUUUUAAGCAUAAAAAAUGUUUUUUUUGAUCAGUCAACCAACUAAUUUUUAUAAUUCUAAACAGGAAAGAUAAUCAGUUGACUAGUGUUUUUAAAAUCAAGCUCUGGUUUUGUUUCUUGCAGUUACUGUCAGAGCUCAUGUGUUUGAUGGUAAACCAAAAAAAAAUGUAAAGUGAAGUGCAUGUAUCCGAGGUUACAUAAGAAAGCUGUCACUGGUGUGCAAUGCAGUGUAUGACAUAAUAAUACUUGUGGGAUCUAUUGUCUUUGAGGGUCAUUAUUGAGGAGAAGUGUGUUUGCAAACACUAGUACUAUACAGGCAAAAUAAAGAUAGUGAAAUCUGGUUGUGAAAGGACUCUGGAGGAUGCCAUGUUUAGUUUAUUUGGGUUAAAAGAAUCAAAAAUGGACUCGAAGACAUUGCACACUGCAUACACCAGCAUAACGUGACAACAGAUUGAAUCUGCAGUAAUAAACAAAAUCAGGAUCCAACUGCAGGACUGCUGACAUAUGGUAAAAGGUCAUUUCUAGGUCAGGG